AUGCUGGAGACUCUUGUUUCAGAGAACCCUACCGUUACCACUAGGGAACUUGCAGAACAGUUAAACGUGGCCCAUACAACCGUGGUACGCCAGCUAAAACACAUUGGAAAGGUUUCAGUGACUGGAAAAUGGAUCCCUCACGAGCUGUCUCCAGAGAAUUGUGCUGCUUGUUGUCAAUCAUUGCUUUCGAGACACUUUCAAGCAACAUUUUUAGAUAGGUGUGUUACAGGUGAUGAGAAGUGGAUUCUUUACCAUAAUGUUCAACGCCGCCGUUCUUGGAUCAGUCGAAGAGGACGGCCAGUUCAACAACCGAGAGCAGGACUUCAUUCAAAGAAGAUCAUGACGAGAGUAUGGUGGGAUAUCAAAGGAAUAAUCCAUUAUGAACUGUUGGACAACAACCAAACAAUUAAUGUGAGCAAUUUCGUCGUUUGA